GCCGACCUGCCGGCACGCCAGCUGCGGGUGGCGUCCGCCGCUAAAAGGCAGCUGAAAUACUUUACCGUGAGCGGGGAGACCGGGAACCUCUACGUGAGCGAGAGGCUGGACCGGGAGGAGAUGUGCGGCGAGGCGGCGUCCUGCUCCGUCAGCUUCGAGGCGCUGGUGCAGAACCCGCUCAACGUUUUCCACGUCGAGGUGGCCAUCCAGGACAUCAACGAUAACGCCCCGCGCUUCCUGCGAGACAGUUUCCAGCUGGAGAUCAACGAGUUCACUUCUCCCGGCACCCGGUUUUACUUGGGCACGGCCGAGGACGCGGACGUGGGCAGCAACUCGUUGCAGAGCUACGAGCUGGAGGCCAACGGGUACUUCGCGGUGGAGGUGAAGGAGAGCCAGGACGGCAGCAAGUUCGCGGAGCUGGUGCUGCGGCGCGCACUGGACCGGGAGAGGGAGCAGAGCCUGCGGCUGGUGCUGACGGCGCUGGACGGCGGCGAGCCGCCCCGGAGCGGCACCGCCCAGCUCUGCAUCAACGUCACCGACGCCAACGACAACCCACCCGUGUUCGCGCACGACAGCUACCGCGCCAGCCUGCGGGAGGACGCGCCGCCGGGCUCGGUGGUGCUGAACGUCUCCGCCUCCGACGCCGACGCCGGCACCAACGCUCGCAUCACCUACGGCUUCGGGGAAACGCCGGCCAAGGUGCUUCAGAAGUUCGUGGUGGACGCGGAGAGCGGGACGAUCACGCUGCAGGAGGCGCUGGACUUUGAGGACACGCGAGGCUACACACUGCUGGUGGAGGCGAGGGACGGGGGCGGUCUGGUGGCACACUGCCAGGUGGAGGUGGAGGUGCUGGACGUGAAUGACAACGCGCCCGAAAUCACGAUGUUGUCGGUGUCGAGCCCGGUGCCCGAGGACGCGCCGGCCGGCACGGUGGUGGCUCUCCUGAACGUGAACGACCGGGACUCCGGGGAGAACGGGCAGGUGUCGUGCGAGCUGUCGGGCGAGGCGCCGCUGUCGAUCGUGGCGUCGUCGGGCGGCUCGUACAAGGUGGUGACGGCGAGCGCGCUGGACCGGGAGCAGGCGCCCGAGCACCGGGUGGCGGUGGUGGCCAGGGACCGGGGCAGCCCGGCGCUCUCCAGCCGCGCGGCGCUGGUGCUGGAGGUGUCGGACGUGAACGACAACGCGCCGGUGUUCGAGGAGGCCGCCUACAGCGCCUACGUGGCGGAGAACAACGCGGCGGGCGCGCCGGUGCUGCGCGUGCGCGCGCGGGACGCGGACGCGGGCGCCAACGGGCGCGUCAGCUACUGGCUGGCGGGCGGCAGCGCGGGCGCGGCGCCGUACGUGUCGGUGGAGGCGCGGAGCGGCGCGGUGUACGCGCAGCGCUCCUUCGACUACGAGCAGUGCCGCGAGUUCGCGGUGGCGGUGCGGGCGCAGGACGGCGGGGCGCCGGCGCGGAGCUCGACGGCGACGGUGCGCGUCUUCGUGCUGGACCGCAACGACAACGCGCCGCGGGUGCUGUGGCCGGCGGCGGGCGCGGGCGCGGCGGGGGCGGGCGCGGGGGCGUCCCCGGCCGCGGCCCCGUUCGAGGUGGUGCCGCGGUCGGCCGAGGCCGGGUACCUGGUGGCCAAGGUGGUGGCGGUGGACGCGGACGCGGGGCGCAACGCGUGGCUGUCGUACGAGCUGGUGCAGGCGCCGGAGCCGGCGCUGUUCCGCGUGGGGCUGCACAGCGGCGAGGUGCGGACGGCGCGGGCCGUGUCGGAGAGGGACGCGGCGAAGCAGCGGCUGGUGGCCGUGGUGAAGGACCACGGGCAGCCGGCGCUGUCGGCCACGGCCACGCUGCACGUGGUGCUGGCCGAGAGCUUGCAGGAGGCGCUGCCGGAGCUGAGCGAGCGGGCGGCGGGCGCCGACUCGCCGGCGGAGCUGCAGUUCUACCUGGUGCUGGCGCUGGCGCUCCUCUCCGCCCUCUUCCUGCUGAGCGUGGCGCUGGCCGUGCUGGCGCGGGUGCGCCGGGCCGGGCCGCCCGCCGUCCUGCGCUGCCUGGGCGCGCAGCGCUUCUCCGUGGCCGGCGCCGCCUUCCCGGCCGACUUCUGCGAGGGCACCUUGCCCUACUCCUACAACCUGUGCGUGGCGCCGGGCCGCGCCGUCGCCGAGGGCGCUUGGCUGCCGCCGCCGCUGCCCAGCCUGGCCGCGGAGGAGCUUCUCGGCGCGGAGCCCUGCGGGAAGCGGAGCCCGACCAGCAGCGCCGGCGCGGGAGAGCCGCCCGCGGACGCCGAGGCCCCGCAGGUCUGUAAGCCCGCGCAGUCCUUGCCUCUGAGCCCUUCAGCCCGUUUUCUCUUGCUCUCCUUGCACCAGUCAUUCAGGCAUGACUGCUACACAAAUUGGAGAUUGUGCUUUCGAACUAAUGGGAUGAGGCUCGUGCGAGCAUGGUCGAAGGAGAGAUGGGCUGGCGAAAAGCCGGCGCAGGAGAUGACCGCUGGACGGGCCCCGCAGUCCCCGUGGCGACGGUGCCGUCCCCGCCCGCUGCCCGCGGGAAAGGCAGGGCGGGCAGCGCUCGGCCGCGCUCGGUGCCUGCAGUGCCGGGAGGAGGCUGCGGGCGCCGCUGUUGACCGAGGAGGAGCGAGAGGAAGGCCGGAGCGCUGCCGGCAGCCCCGCCCGCUGCGGCCCGGCUCGCUCGCUCGCUCGCUGCUGGCUGGCUCGGCGGCCGGGCGGUCUGCGAGCGUCCCCGCGGUGCGGAGCCGUGCUGCAGCGAGGCGGAGGGGCCGGCGGCAGCGGCCGGGAGCGGCAGCCGGGGCCGGAGCCUUAGAGGGAAGCGGAGCCGGAGCCGGAGCGUCUGCGAGGAGCGUGCGGCGGCGGUGCGGGGCCGGCGGGGCCGCGGCGGCGAUGUGCGCGGCGGGGAGGCGCUGGGGCCGGCGGGAGCGAGCCGUGCUGUGGUGCGUCCUGGUGGCGGCGUGGGAGGCGGCGUGGGGGCAGCUGCGCUACUCGGUUCCCGAGGAGAUGCCGAAGGGCUCGUUCGUGGGCGACGUGGCCAAGGACCUGGGGCUGGAGCUGCCGGCGCUCCGCGAACGCGGCGUCCGCAUUGUCUCCGAGGGGAGGACGCAGUAUUUCGCUCUGCACGGCAAGACGGGACAUUUGGUGACGGCGGAGAGGAUAGACAGAGAGCAGCUGUGCCGGCUGGUGGAGAGAUGCGUGCUGCGUUGUGAGGUGAUAGUGGAGGGGGAAAUGCAGGUUUACGGCAUCGAAGUGGAAAUCACGGACAUUAACGACAACGCGCCCAGCUUCCGAGACGCAGAAAUGGAGCUGAGAAUGAGCGAGACGACAGCCCCGGGGUCGCGGUUUUCCCUGGCCGAGGCCCACGACCCGGACUCGGGACGGAAUUCGCUGCAGAGCUACGAGCUGAGCGGCGACGAGCACUUCUCGCUGGCCGUGCAGGCGGGCCCCGGCGGGGAUCAGCGUCCCGAGCUGGUGCUGGCGAAGGCGCUGGACCGGGAGGAGGCGGCGUUUCACGAGCUGGUGCUGAUGGCGAGCGACGGCGGAGAGCCGGCGCGGACGGGCACGGCGCGGAUCCGCGUGGCGGUGCUGGACGCGAACGACAACGCGCCCGUGUUCAGCCAGGCGGAGUACACGCUGCGUGUGCCGGAGGACGUGCCCGUGGGCUCCACCCUCGUCACCGUCACGGCCACCGACGCCGACGAGGGGCUCUACGGGCACGUGAAGUAUUCGUUGAGGAAAACGAAGGACCUUGCAUCGGAGAUUUUCCAGCUGGACGCCGAGACGGGAGCCAUCACGCUGGUGCGGAACCUGGACUUUGAGGAAAUCUCCUCACAUGAACUGGAGGUGCAGGCAGAAGACGGCGGGGGCCUUUUCGACACGGCCAAAGUCGCGAUCACGGUGACAGACGUCAACGACAACGCGCCCGAGAUUUCGGUGCGAUCGGCGCUGAGCGCGAUCUCGGAGGACGCGCCGCCGGGGACGGUGGUGGCCCUGCUGCACGUGCAGGACCGGGACUCGGGGGCGAACGGCGAGGUGCGGUGCAGCAUCGCCGAGCGCCUCCCGUUCCGGCUGGAGAAGUCCUUUGAGGACUACUACCGCGUGGUGACGGCGAGGGAGCUGGACCGGGAGGAGGUGGCGGAGUACAACGUGACGGUGCGGGCGGCGGACGGCGGGUCGCCGGCGCUGUGGAGCAGCGCGGUGCUGGCGCUGCGGGUGCUGGACGUGAACGACAACGCGCCGGUGUUCGCGGAGGCGCGCUACAGCGCCCGGCUGCCCGAGAACAACGCGGCGGGCGCGCUGGUGCUGACGGUGCGGGCGGCGGACGCGGACUGGGGGCAGAACGCGCGCGUGCGGUACCGGCUGUCGGAGGGGCGGGUGCGGGGCGCGCCGCUGUCGUCCUACGUGUCGGUGCAGGCGGAGACGGGCGCGCUGUACGCGCUGCGCUCCUUCGACUACGAGGAGGUGCGCGAGGUGGGGCUGUGGGUGCGGGCGGAGGACGGCGGCGCGCCGGCGCUGAGCAGCAACGUGUCGGUGCGGCUCGUGAUCGUGGACGAGAACGACAACGCGCCGCAGGUGCUGUACCCGCCGGCGGCGCCGGCGGCGGGCGCGGGCUGGGCGGGCGUGGAGCUGGCGCCGCGCUCGGCGGAGCCCGGGGCGCUGGUGGCCAAGGUGGUGGCGGUGGACGCGGACGCGGGGCAGAACGCGUGGCUGUCGUACGAGCUGGCCAAGGCGACGGAGCCGGGGCUGUUCCGCGUGGGGCUGCACAGCGGCGAGGUGCGGACGGCGCGCUUCCCGCUGGCCCGCGACGCGGCGCGGCAGAGCCUGGUGGUGGUGGUGAAGGACCACGGGCGGCCGGCGCUGUCGGCCACGGCCACGCUGACGGUGGUGCUGGCGGAGAGCGUGGCCGAGCUGCUGUCGGAGCUGGGCAGCGCGGCGGCGGCGGCGCCGGGCGAGCCGGCCGGCAGCCUGACGCGGUGGCUGGUGGUGGCCGUGGCGGCCGUGUCCUGCCUCUUCCUCGCCUUCCUGCUGCUGCUGCUGGCGCUGCGCCUGCGGCGCUGGCGCCGCUCGCAGCUGCUGGCGGCGGGCAGCGGCGCCUUGCGCGGCGUCCCGGCCUCGCACUUCGUGGGCAUCGACGGCGUCCGCGCCUUCCUGCACUCCUACUCGCACGAGGUGUCGCUCACCGCCGACUCGCGCAAGAGCCAGCUCCGCUUGUCGGGCGGCAGCUGCUGCGACACCCUCCCGGCCCGGCCGCCGCCCGACGAGCCCGCGCCGCUGCUCGGGGAGGACCCUGCCGGCGCCCGCCGCGCGGACCCCGCCGCUCCCCCGGUGAGUUCCUCCCACCAGCCCUUCUCCGCGGCGCGACGCGACGCGACGCUUCCCUCCGCUGCUUCUCCGCCCUUUCCCCCCCGUUUCUGUCUCCUGCCUCGGGAGGUGGAGGUAGCGGGAAGGCAAAGCUUCGCUCAGCGACGCGCGGGGCGCUGGCGCCUCUUGCUGCCGGGGGGUGAACGUGGGAUCGCGGCUCAGCGUGACAGUUGCUGCGGGAGGCAGGAGAAGCGGGAGGCUGCUGUUGCCUGCUGGAGUUUCCUCUCAGGGGGGCUUGCUGCUUUUAUCACGUCGCUGAUGUGUUACAUGCUGUUCACUGACCCAGCCUCUCCCGGAGGACAGCUCCUCUUUGAAUUUUAGAGCCCCGAGGUUUCUUUCCAGAAGGCUAGUGAGCAGGCAAUGUAUCUUCCUUCUCAGUACGGAGAUGUAGCGAAAUCUCGGCGAGGUCCGUGGCGUGGUAGUGGUGCAUGUUGAGGACAAAUGGUCUGGGUUCUGGCCCUUUGAUGACAAGUGCUUGCAAACUAUGAGGGUCAACGAACACCAGGCAAGUUGUGACGGCUUGGAGACGAGAGUCUUGGGAGGUGUUUGUGAGGGGCUGUGGAACCAGACACAAGAGAUCUGGUUUGCUCCUUUCCCUGUUCGGUGCCCAUCUGUACUAUCAUGCAAUGUGAGUUUUGGCUUCCCAAGUAAGCUUGGCCCAAGUCAGACACGUUGUUCCAGCUGCAUAGGGAGCCCUGGGAGGUUCCUCCUGUGUGCUUGCACAUUGUGGAGAUGUUUCUAACUAACAGCUUAAUUCUAUACUUAUGGCAAGUGCCCUAAAGGGAGCUUUGGGAGGAGCCAGCCCUGGUUUUGAAACCUACUAAACACCUGAGU